AAGAACUUGGUUGUUAAAGGUUACGGGAGUGAGCAAAUGAAUAAAUCCUCAUCCGAACGAUUUUAAUAUUUCGAUAACGUUGGAGGGACAAGGACGAGAUGAUUCGGGUAAUGGAUUCCCUCUUGUGGCCUUGUCACUGGCUCAACUGGAUCCUCAAAACAGCGGGUUUGUGGGGAUAACAUUGUGAGACCGUGACGGUCGGGGAUUAUGCCCCCGAUGUUCCUAACAAGGGAUGCUUUUUGACUUUGUACACCCCAGUCCAACAGCGGCACCUCCACAUCAUGCCUGACAAAGUAGACUGCUUGUUUUCGCUUGUGUUGUCACAGAAGACAUUGAGUAACUUUCCUCGUUGUGGGUGAUGUGCUCAAUCCCAUUUCUGAGCGCCGCGAAUGCAUAACCAAAACAAUCUCAGACACACACAGAAUUUGCUGGAAAGGCUGAGCAGGUCUGGCAGCAGCUGUACAGAGAAAUCAGAGUUAACAUUUCGAGUCCAGUGACCCUUCCUCUCAAAUCAGGCGUAACAUCUUUUAGAAACUAUUAGAAACUGUGUCAGGAAAUGAGAAUGCCUUCAAAAUAAUCAUCUGAUACGUGUUGGAUUCCUUUUAAAACACGUUUGAUCUCGUAAGAUCUAUUUAACUUAACAGAAACAACCAUCCCAAUUGUAAUUCUGAAAAUACUCAACAUGUUCAGGCAACAUCUAGGAAGACUGAAUGUUUCUGAUCAAUGUCUUUGUGUCUUUAUUAAAUCGUUUUUUAAUUCUAUUAAUGCCAAAUACAGCAUAUUUUAAGGAGUCUUGUUCAGAAAAAUAAACAUUCCUAAUAUGGCAGAAAAAGAAUUGAAAGUAGAAUUUAUCAGUAAUCUGAGUGGUACUACUCUAGCUGAGAAUUUAUUGGGUUUAAUUCUGUCUGCAUUAUGUAUCACCUAUCGAGGACUGAUAUUAAUGUAUUUUGUUGGAGAAAGUGUAACAUCAUCGUGGAAAAGACUUCUGCUGAUUGAUUUUUUUGUGUUAGUGGCAUUUCUUAUAUUGUCCUGCACAGUUUUGGCAAAUGUGCUUCACUGGUUGGUGUUGGUUCUAGCAGCUGUACUUGCAUUAUUUGUAUUUAAAAUAUACAGUCAACGAAAACAGCACUCUCAUCAGCAGUUAAAAGAAGUCAUAAAAUCUUUUUUGGAAACCAACUUAGAUGUGAAUUAUAUUCCUUUUGUCACUUUGUUUCGUGUUUUCAUUAACAUAAAGACUGGCAUCAGCAUUCUAGCCGUGGACUUUCCAAUAUUUCCAAGACGCUAUGCCAAAGCUGAAACAUAUGGAACUGGCAUUAUGGAUUUUGGAGUGGCAGCUUUUGUAUUUGCAAAUGCUGUUGUAUCUCCUGAAGCAAGACAAAAGAACAAAACUAUAUCAUAUUCCAAAUUUAGUUUUGUGAUUAAACAGAUCAUAGCAGUUUGGCCUUUGGUUUUCUUAGGAUUAGCUCGUUUAAUAAGUGUUAAAACAGUGGACUAUCAUGAGCAUGUAACCGAAUAUGGUUUACAUUGGAACUUUUUUUUCACCCUGGCAAUUGUUAGGGUCUUAUCAUCUUUUCUUUUAAUAUUAUGCCCUGUGCGAAGUUCCUGGAUCUUGUCAGCUAGCAUUGCUAUCUGUUAUCAGUUGCUCCUUGAAACUACAAAUCUGAAGCAAUUUAUAUUACAUGGAAGUGAUGGCAAAGGCACAAGGUUUGGAUUCAUUAAUGCCAACAGAGAAGGACUCUUUUCAUUGUUUGGAUACAUAGCCAUUUACAUGGCUGGUGUACAGGUUGGUGUUUACAUAAUGAAGACGAGGACAUCGGUAAAAGACUGGAUAAAAGUUCAAGGUUUCCUUCUGAUGAGCUUUCUGAUCUUGUGGCUGCUAUUGCAUGUGUCUGAGGCUCUCACAGAUCCAGUAUCCCGCCGGAUGGCCAACUUGAGUUUUGUUUUAUGGACAGUUGGACAGAGUUUGUUUUUUCUGAUGAUUUACUUGCUAGCUGAUCUUGUUUUAGUAUUUGUCAAGGUUAUCUCAGGGAUGGUUAAUGUGCCAAGUUCAUGGAACAUUUUACCAGAUUCUUCUGAAAAGACGAAAGAUAGGAAAUUAUUUAAAAGUCAUUCUUUUGGAAAGUUAGAUAAAACCACUGUACAUUUCUGUCUUAUUGAAGCUGUAAGCAGAAACCAACUCCUGUUUUUCCUGCAAUCUAAUAUUUUGACUGGUUUGGUGAAUCUUACAAUAGAUACGAUUCAUAGCAGCACAUUUAUUUCCUUAUUUGUGCUUUUAGUUUAUAUGUUUUGUAAUUGUAUCAUUGUCUACAUUUUACACAUUAAUGAUAUUACUUUAAAGUUUUGGUGACUAGCUCGUUCCAUAAUUCACUUUCAACUAAGUAAAAUCAUUCUGACACUGAGGCCAGACUUCUUGCACUUCAUUGAAUAACCUUUGUGGUAUGUCUACAUCUCAAUUAACUUGUAACGUGUAAUUAUCUGCAUUUGUAAGUUUUAUCUGCCUGUGAUUAUUCUGCUUAUUCUCUGCAAAAAAGAAAACAAAUACUAGAUUCCAUGAAAAGUGUAGUGUCUAGGAAGUUACACCAUGUUUUGGUGCAUUGUGGAAUUGUUUGUGGCUUUAUGCUACCUGCUAAUGUCUCCAUUUCAGUUAUAGGGCAUCACUGGCCUAUAUCAGAGAAACAGUCAUUUCCCGGUGACGCUUACAUUUUUUGCAGCUCAGGUCCGAGCAGUAUUGGUGAAGGGUUUGAAACAGCUUAUUAAUGAUUUUAAUCUGAAAUGGUGAAUAGAACAUCAAUUAAGAAUGAGUAAGAAAACAAGUUUAUUGAUUUUUAAAUACUUAAAUGGAUAAAACAAUAACAAAAAAGUCUUAUUUACCCCAAAAAUGAAAUGUCUUAACACUCAUUCACGUUUUAAUAACACAGUAUUUAUGAUACAUUUUAGUAUGCUGACAUGUAUUCUGUAUAAAUUAACUGCUGUAACAACUGUCCAAAACAAAAUAAAAUUAAGAUCCAGAUAUA